AUGGCCUCCCAGGGUUUUCAUUUGCUACUGAUCAUCAUAACUAGUCUUCUAAGCAUCACUUUCUCCACCUCCCAAGCUGCUGGCCCUAGUGCAUCUAAGCCCGCCAGAAAAGUCAUGAAUAUCAUAGACUCUUGCUGGCGAAGCAGGUCUAACUGGGCAGAUAACCGGCGUGCAUUGGCCGAUUGCGCUAUAGGCUUCGGCAAGAAUGCAAUCGGUGGAAAAUAUGGUGCAACAUAUAUCGUCACAGAUCCAUCCGAUAAUCCGGGACACCCAAAACCGGGCACUCUUAGACACGGUGUUGUACAGACAAAACCAUUGUGGAUUAUAUUUGCUAGGGACAUGGUUAUAACUCUGAAAAAUGAGCUGAUAGUAAAUAGUUUUAAGACCAUUGAUGGGAGAGGGGUGAAAGUGGAGAUUGCUUAUGGACCAUGCAUCACAGUACAACAUGUUAGCCAUGUGAUUAUUCAUGGGAUUAGCAUUCAUGACUGUAAGCCAGGGAAGGCUGGCAUUGUCCAGAGCAGUUCAACCCACACAGGCCGCCGUGGUGGCUCGGACGGAGAUGGCAUUGAUAUCUUCGAUUCUUCCUAUAUAUGGAUUGAUCAUUGCUCUCUUGCGAGGUGCAGCGAUGGCCUCAUUGACGUUAUCCAUGCUUCCACUGCCAUUACCAUUUCCAAUAACUAUUUUACUCAGCAUGAUAAGGUGAUGUUAUUUGGGCACAACGAUAAGAACACAGAAGAUAAAGCCAUAAAAGUUACGGUAGUCUUCAACCAUUUUGGUCCUGGUCUUGUGCAGAGGAUGCCAAGGGUUAGGCUAGGUUAUGCGCACGUGGCAAAUAACAGGUACGAUAGAUGGGAGAUGUAUGCAAUUGGUGGAAGUGCCAAUCCAACCAUUUUCAGCGAAGGGAACUAUUUCAUGGCUCCGGACAGUCCUGAUGCUAAACAAGUGACGAAGAGAGAGGCUAAAAAUGGUUGGAAAAAUUGGAAAUGGAGGUCCUCCAAAGAUAAAUUCAUGAAUGGAGCAUAUUUUGUUCAAUCUGGAUAUGGAAACUGUGCGCCUGGUUACAACAGAUAUCAGAAUUUUCCGGUGGCCGAUGGUUCGUUGGUACCUGCUUUAACAGCUGAUGCAGGCCCCAUGCGCUGCACUACGAAUAAAGCUUGUUAG